GCCUCAAAGAAUAAGGGAAAAGGAGAGAUUCCGCCGCACGUUGUUCUAAUUGAAAGAUUUGACAAAAGCGACUCAUAAGCAAUAACUCUCCAUCUUUCCCUUUUCUUUUUCUUAACCUGGUGGCUAGAAGAUUAAUCAAAUUAGACACAAACAGAGUAUUUAUUGUUAUACUACUGAUUAACCCAUUUCAGAAAAACUAAACUAAAAAAAAAAAAAAAAAAAGGCUUCACCUUUACAAUUCUUUUCGAGAGAGAGAGAAGUUAAAUGGUGUGGUUGACGGAUCAACAGAUCGGACGAUGGAAAAGGAAACGAAUUUUGGUGGUGGGAUCGUUUCUCUGUUGGCUAAUGAUCAUGUUCAUCACUCCCAAAGUUCCUCUCGACUCCUUUCGUCACCAUGUCUUCGCCGAUAAACGCAAUUUCAUGGGAGUGCCUAAUACAUUGAAUGUGAUGACCAACUUUCCCUUUCUUAUCAUUGGGGUUCUUGGUUUUGUGCUUUGCAUUGGAGGCAGCUUCUUCAGUAUAAGUUUGAAAGGUGAGAUCUGGGGAUGGACACUGUUCUACGCUGGCAUUGCUAGCUUCGCCUUUGGUUCUGCCUUUUAUCAUCUCAAACCUGAUGACAGCAGAAUCGUCUGGGACACUUUGCCUAUAUUGAUUGCGUAUUCGUCGCUUUUCUCUAGUUUUUUGGUUGAGAGAGUGGGGGAUACAGUGGGACUAAGUUGCCUCGCCUUGCUUCUAUUCACAUCAUUUCUCAGUGUUGCUUACGCCAGGGUGUUUAAUGAUCUCCGGUUAUGCAUGACGUUCCAGUUGCUUCCGUGUCUGGUGAUUCCCGUCAUGACGGUUUUGUUACCUCCCAAGUAUACUCACUCUAGAUUCUGGCUCUGGGCUACAGCGGCUUACACUAUUGCCAAGAUUGAAGGACUUGCAGACAACAAAAUAUACAAUGCGAAUCGAUAUAUCAUCAGUGGGCAUUCACUGGGGCAUUUGUGUUCAGCCGUGGCUACGCUUUUACUUACCAUUAUGCUUUUGUAUAGAAGCAUUCGGUUUCAUAGAUUAGGUGAUCUCAAAGGCCAUCCUUGACAUCCAUUUCUGACUCCUUGAGUUUUUUCUUUUUUGCAUCCGGAUGCUUCUGGAUUUUUGUAUUACAGAUUUUGUUGGGUUACUAAAUAGAUUUUUGACCCAUGAUCCCACUAAAACCAUUGUUGGUUCUGUAUAAUCUUGGUUUCUGGUUUGAAAUAGCUUUGGCAUUGCGUUGGCUUUAAA